UCCUUCUCCUCCUCCUCUCCUUCUAAUAAAGUUCCGGCAGGCUGUACGCUAAUAGAGUGUAAUGCUGCUCUCCACAUGCAAGAGUUUACUAUUCACCCAAUAUUUUUAAAUAAAGUCCAGAGGAGGAUAAUUUGUACAAUAAACUGGGAUGUGCCUGACAUUAAAUCAGGUGAACUCUGCGGUUAAACCCUGCUGUGGGUUCGCUCCAUUUCUGUACGCCGGUGCACCGCUGUACAAGCACCGGGGAGAGCCCGGAUGGCUGUUUAAAUCGGAGUGUAAUCAUGAGUUUAAUCUGUCAGCCAGUGGAAGCAACCAGACCAGCAAACAAACAAUCACACAAUCUCUGAUUCAGCCUAUGGAAACUAACUCUUGUGUGUUCCUGAGUAAAGUUAGAAAACUGAACUGUACAGAUGAGAAUAUCUCUGUGUAAAGUAUGUCAAUUACUAAAUAUUUGUAUUGUCUUAUAAUGUAAAAAACGACAGCUGUCAAAUGGUUUUCUGCCUCCCUGUAUUCAGCGCGGUGCGGACCCUUUUUUCCCCACAUGACCCGCCGUACUCUGCCUCGGAUCUAACCUUAACCAAUCACACGCCUCAUACGCAAGCCCAACCAAUCAAACCAACACAGCUAGCGACUGUAGCCAAUCAGAGGGAGAGAGGGGCGGGUCAAGCCACCGUGGAACAGACAUGGCUCCUGGCUGUGUCAGCUUCUGUCCGUUUGGGACGUUGUGAUGGGAGUCCUCGUCGGGCUUUGUUUUCCAGUCCCCGGAAACACCAAACUGUCAAAUCUACUUUACAUUUAUAGAGACGAAACUUAAACCCAGGAUGUGCUCCGUCCUCGGAUGUAGCUCGUGGCGUCGCGGUGCGCAACGGUUCAAGUUACCGGAGGAUCCAGAGAGGAGGCUGGAGUGGGUCCAGUUCAUUCUGGAAGUCAACGGUCAGCGGCUGAAAGAAUCGUCCUGGACUGACAUCACCAUCUGCAGACACCAUUUCACUGAGGACUGUUUUAUAAACCAGACUCAAAGCGGGACGGUCCAGCUGAAGUCCGGUGCUCUCCCAUCACUGUGUGUCAAGUUAGACCCCGACGAGCCUGAACCGGAUCCGGAGCCUAUAGAAACCAGAGAAGCUGCUUCUCAGUGCGAUCAGCCUGAAACAUGUGAUAGUCCAUCUUCCUCCUCUGAAGAAUCAGAGCAAUUUUCAAGCGCUGCCCAAGGAAGCCCCGCACCAUGUGAAGCUUCAGAUGUUGUCGUGCCUGACAAUGGUCAGAUGCUGCAAAACAUUGAAAACUUUGAUAUGAUCAGGAAAAAAGCUGCACUUCUGCAGAUGAAAGGGAAGUACGUUGUGAACGAGAAACGUCUCCUCCAGUUGUUCAGCCACAAGUGCCCGUUGUGUGGCUCUAAAUUAAAGAUGGAGAAGGUCACCUAUGGGGUGGUCAUCAUCUUGAACCAACAGUGCCUCAAGUGUAAAUACAGACACCAAUGGAAAAACCAACUCAAUGCUAAAGCCCCAACAGGUGAAGAGCAACACCUGAUGGAAGUAGUGGAAGUAGACUUAACUCCAGAGGGCCAUGAGACAACCGAUGAUAUCACAGGCGUGUCUGAGAUCGUCACUGUUAUCGGCGAGAGGGAUGAAUCCAUGGAUGAAACGGAGGAAUCGGGUGACGAAGGUGAAAUGGAUUCAGACGAGGAUUGGAAUCCAGCGGAGAGGAUUUCAUUGGCUUCCAAGCUUCGUGAUAAAUCUAAGGAGGAAAGUGAAGAUGAAGAGGAAGAUGAAGAUGAAGAUGAAGAUGAGAAGCAAGAAUAUGAUGACUAUCCUCCACUCCCCCUCAGAUUCAGUCAGCUCUGCACAGAGUGCGGAAAGUUUGUGAAUAAACACAAGCCUCACACGUGUGAGCACAAAAUUAAACCCUAUGCUUGCAAUAUAUGUGGAAAAAGAUGUGUUAGCGAGAACGCGCUGAAUUUUCACAGCAGAGUCCACGACGAAAACUAUGAAUAUCAAUGCAAAUUCUGCCAUGCUACAUUCAAAACAAAGGCGGGUAAAUUCACCCACGAGCAGAUCCACAUAACUCAAGGAAGACCGUAUAAAUGUCCUGACUGCUCAGAGACAUUCGCCACAAAUAAAGAACGCGCAGUCCACCUGGAGAAACACAGAGGCCCCCGACAGGUGGAGUGUCACAUCUGUGGCAUUGAAUUCCGUUCGCCACCUUAUCUCCAGAGACACCUAGCUGUGCACACGGGAGUGAAGCCGUUUAAGUGUUCAGUGUGCCAGCGCGGCUUCAACCAGGCAGGUCACCUGAAAUCUCACAUGCGUCUGCACACAGGAGAGAGGCCUUUUAAGUGUCAGCAUUGUGACAAAUGCUUCAAUCACAACGUGAGCUUGAAGAGUCACGUCCAGCGUUACCACUCAUCCAAUCCUGCACCUGAACGGAAGAAGGGUAAAAGAAAGAAAACUGUGAGCGACGCUGCUGAUGCUCAGGAGAAUGGGAACAAGAGAGGUGGAGAUUCAGGGCUCAACAAUGUAGAAGAAGAACAGGACACAGGGGAGGAAGUGCAGGAGAUAAUAUGCAGACCUCUGAAUAAAAGUAGAAGCACAGGUAGGCCCAUAGGUAGGCCUAAGACAAAAGCAGCAAACGCUCAAGGCCAGCGUUCAAACAGUAAGACUGCCAAAGCGAAGGCACGGAAGCGAAAGAGAUCACAUUACAGUGAUGAAGAAAGUGAGGACGAGCUGACGGAGGAAAAUAGUGAGAUAGUGACAUCGAGAACAAGCUGAUGAAGAGGAAACGCCAAUAAUCCUGAGAGUGACAGAAAAAGGUACAGCAGCCAGAACAGUGGUAACAACUCAGGGAAGUGCAGGGGACGACCAAGAAAGAGUCAAAUCGUUGAAGACAUUUAAAAAGUUAUUGAGCUGAGGACUUAUUAAGAUGGUUUUUCAUGACAUAUUUGAACAAUAUAACAUGAGAAACUAAACAUGCACACUCAGGCUGGGGACUUCUCAAACUUCAUUAAGACAUCAUGUCACUUUGAUUUCAAGAUACUUUUGAAUCCUGUUCACUGAUGUGUAUACCAUGAAAUUAAUCUAGGCAAAUUAGAUUAAACUUUGUUGAUGUUUAGCACCAGUUUCAGUUUUUCUUUGUGUUAUAAUGUUCAAUAACUCCAUACCACCAUUAUGUACUGCAUAGGAAGCAAAUACAGUGAGGACAAUGUGUCAAUACUGUGAUAUCAGUCAAGAUGUUGUCUUAGAUUUUUGAUACUGUAAAAUAGCAAGAGUUGUCGAAAACAGUGUGUAAAUAUUUUGUUAAAGCAUCAGUAGUCAACCCUACAAUAUCACUGUGACAUACACCCAGUGGCCACUUUAUUAGGCACACCUGUUGGAGUCCAAUGCAGCAGCUCUGUCAUGUAGUCUACCUUUACAAAGUCUAUAAUGUUCAGUUUUUGUUGACAUUGUCAUUGUCGGAAAGAGGGGCAGAAUACAUAUAAACAAUGCCAGACGUUGCAUAUUUGGUGCCCUUGGCGAGUUUUUUGAUUUUCUCCAUAUUGCCCAGUCCUGACUUCUUCACAACGAACUGCUUGAAAUUGAAGUAACCAAGUGGAAUUCAACCAUCUCUAAUUAUAUUACAUUUACAUCUGUGCUCUUCCUAUAGUGACAUGUCAAAAUAUCCUUUGUGAAGGGCCGCUGCCCCUUCGUGUUACACCUGAAGGCAACUUCUGAAAACUGUGAGGAGAAACAGAUAGGCAGAUAGAAUGCAGUUUACAUAUCCAGUGUUUCUGUCUCCACCCCAAUAUAAUGGGAGUGAAAGUGCUUUAAUUUGUCUUGCUCAGAUCAUUAAGGAAUAACAGUUUUUCUGGAUAGAGCUCAACUCCUUUAACCUUCAUUGUUUUGAGGUAUAAGAAAAGCAUUAUCUCUAAAUAUGGAUAAAUACAACCAAAUAUGUCUGUAAUGGUCAGAUUGAGGAGAGUUCUACUAUCACAGCCACUGAAACUUUACCUUUGCACACAAAGAUUUAUUGUUCGAACAGAAGAGCUUGUUUAGCAAAAAAAAGGGGGAACAAACACACAUGGGUUUAAAUCUGAAAGAAACAAAUACAAAAUUAGAACUUAAGUCAAUUUAAACAAAUGUCCAUUUUAAUGAGGGUAAAUCAUGCCCAGUUAAACUAAUCAUGCACAGGAUAACCAAAAGAGAAAGAAACUGCUUACCAACACUGCCACACUAUGUGACGAUGAAGAAAGAAAGAGUGAAAUGGUGUUUAAACGGGUGAACAGGUGAAUGAGUGAAAGGAACAAAUCAAUUAAGCCUAAUGAUAUCUCUGGACUGUAGCAGCUGAAAUGGACGACUUUGAACGCGAUUUUGAAGAGUUUCUUGUUGCAGACACAGAUCCAGAGCCGUACCUGUUUGAGCCGGAGUGUACAGAUGAGGAAUUCCAGGUGUUGGAUGCUGAGCGGGCGAGAAGAGAGGCUGUUUUGUACUGUGUGACAUGAAACAAUUGAAAGGGGGUAGGGCAGUAAUUGAUCUGAGGAGGGAGGUGGGGAGAGUUUUGUGACUGUGUUUGUUGUCUUACCUUUUGCUAAAUACCAAGAACACCGCAAAUUCUGCUUGUACAUAAACUUAUCGCUAAUC